CACAAGAAGGCAACACACAAACAGACACACACACAACUCCACGCUGUGACAGUUAAAAUCUAUGUCAGCCAUCGUUUAACCAACCACCGUAUAGCUAAGAAAUUGAGCGUUUAUUCCGGCAGGAGAGCGACGUCGCUUCUCCCGUCGUUGUUCCGUCAAGCUCUUCGUGGAAUGACCACAAACUAUCAGCUAACAGCCAGCUAAGCUAACGUCAGCCAACUCGUUCAGACUUUAACUAGUUAUCUUAGCUGCAGCUGACGCUUGCUAAGAGUCCCCUCAGAGAGAGACACUCUCAUGGUGGUCUCAGUUCAAUGGGGAACUGCCUGUUUUCACAAGGUGCGGAUGACCUGUCGCUGCUGAACGAGUCCGAGGGGGGCAGUCUGCCCGGAGAGCCUCCGCCGCCCUACCAGGUGCCCAACCAGCCUGUGCAAGUGUACCAUCCCAACCCAGGGGAGAGUCGUCUGGCUUACCAGCUGACCGAGGAGGAGCAGAUCCGCAUUGCCCAGCGAAUCGGUCUCAUCCAUCACUUGCCCAAAGGCAUCUUCGACCCGGGCUCCGAUCCCUCUGACAAGAAAGUUAAAGAGUGUGUGAUCUGCAUGAUGGAUUAUGAGUAUGGCGAUCCCAUUCGAUUCUUGCCCUGCCUUCACAUCUUCCACGUGGACUGCAUCGACCCCUGGCUGAUGCGCUCCUUCACCUGCCCCUCUUGCAUUGAGCCGGUAGAUGCAGCCCUACUGUCCUCAUAUGAUACCAUUUGAGCAGCCCCAUGAUGGCUGCUCCUGCCUAAAAGUAACUGCACCUUUUUAGCCGACACUGUCCUAGCUGUUCAAACAGGUAGCCACGGUGAUGUGGCAUUAUGCAGAUGUUUUGAGGGUGUUUUAGGAUGCAGACAUUUUUAGAAAACUGCUACACAGUACAUUGCUUAAGUCUGAUAUGCACCUAUUUGGGCUUUGGAAACUCUUUGCCUUUUUAUAGUAGGACAAUGUGCCAAAUCAAGCUAGAUGAAGAAUCUGUAAAGCUGUACACGUAGCAAAAUAUUACUGCAAAGUAAUUUCACUUUUGUAUGACAGUCUAUUUUAAUUUGGUAUUUCUAUGGUUGUUAGAUGCAUGUCACCACUCUAAUUUACUUCCCCUCUCUAGACGUAAUGUGCAAUAUGUUGUAUCAAUGGAGAAAAUGCAGGAAAUUUGUCUUGGUCUCGUGAAGUAACAGUGUAUUUCAAACAAAUGUGUGGCCUUGAAUUUCACAAAAACACAGGCCUCUCUACUGAUAUGCAAUCAUUAAAACAUGAAAAAUAAGUUUUUCUGAACAAAGUUAUGCUAUGAGGUCCUUGACUAUUUGUCUACAGAACCAUGAGUUAGAAGGGUGUCAUUUUAAACAGAAGAUAUUUGAAGAUUGAAUCUACUUUAUUUGAUUAGGGUGUUGUUGUUGGUACUGUAGUUUUUCUUUUGAAGCUGCUUUUAUAAAUGUGGGUCGUUUUUUUUUUGCCUUCCCACAAUAUGGAUCCUCUCCUUUGCUCAGCCUUGAGAUUGUGCUCUGUUUUAAAUAUCAGCCCUUAAUGUGUCCUUUUCAUUGUUUACUGUCAGUGAGAUUUACAAAGAAAGAUAUGCUUUGCAAUCCCCCUUAAAGCACAUUGGGAUACCCUUCAUCUGGCUCUCUGUAGCUGUAGACUUCGUAGAUGAUUGUGUGUUUUGAUAUGUGUGUGUUUGAGGAGAUGGUGGGUAGAGAUUGGCAUGUGGAGGUCGUAUUGUGAAUUAACUCUCUCGGUUAUAAACCUUGUCAUAGUUCCCUCUCUUUUUUUCUAAUUAAAGCUUUGUUUUUGAGUUGAUGGCCUUCUUACAGCAAGUGAUUCAUUUCCAUAGCUCCUGGGGGUGGUCAAACUAAAAUGCUUUUAUCUUUUGGUAUUAGACGUGUACUCUGAUACUGACUGCAUAAUGUUAAGCACAACAAUGAAUGUAAAGCAUUAUUUCAGCUUUUCAAGAUUUGGACAGUACAAGUGACAAUAGGAGGACAUUUCUGAUUUAUUCAGGCUGCUGUGCCUUUUUGAGGUUGAGGUAAGCCAUUUCCUGUGAAGUACAAUCAUUUCUGACAUGACUUUUGUUUUUCUUAUAGUUGUCCUCUAGAGGGAAACACAUACCAGCACUGUACUGAUGUGUGUCACUAUCAAUUAGCCUAGAAAUUAAGUCAGAAAUUUGCUCUGGCUGCUGUUAACAAUCAGUGUGUGUUUUAAUUUAUAAUGUGUGCCCUGGUGCGCAGAUUUUAGGAACAUUAUGAAGCCACAAUAAAAGUGGAUACCAAAAUUUUA